GCUCGCCUUUCCCCACACUGCUCAUAAGGUUGCCUACCUAACGCUUAUUCUGCUAAAGUGUAAUUUUGCACAGCACAUUUGGAAUCAAAGCGCAGUGCUAGAAUUAAUGUAAAAUUGAAGCCAUAAUGAUACAAACUGAUUGGGGAGUCUUGCUUUGAGCAACAGAGCAACUACUACAUGAAGUUGGGUGGAGAAUAAAUAGGGCUGCCUUUAGACUUUAAGCACACCCAAGAAUGGACAGUCUAACAAGCAAAAUCCUCUACGCGCACAAGGGUUUCAUCCACGCCAGUGUGGUUUGGGGAUUCUAUGACAAGAGCUGCUUUGGACUUCUAGAGGUCUGAGUAAUGGAAUAGUCUGGAGAAUCCGGAAUUGAAGAAUUUGUGAAGGCCCGGGCUGCGGUACUGAUGCUAUUCCUGGACACGACAGUGGUGGCGGACUAAUAUAAUGAUGGCUCACUCUAGAGACCAGAGGAGGGGGCUUCACCUGCAAUACCCAUCCUUCCAAACAAGUCUCUGACACUACAGACAAGCAACAUACACACAUCACCUGCCCUACCCUCCAGCUUUGAAUGCAGUUGACCUCCGGCUGACCUCCAUUCUUGCUGUAAUGGAGUACCACAGCCUCAUGUACCUCACUGUGGCCUUCCUUGGUUUACUAAGCCAAUGUCUAACAAGACUGACUCCCCGAGUUUCCUUCCCAAUGGGUAGUCCUGGGAGGCUUCUCAACCGCUUCAGUAGCGCUGACGUGAGCAACACCACCAUGCUGCUGCUAAGUGAGGAUCAAAACACGCUCUAUGUAGGAUCCCGGGAUGCUGUUUUAGCACUGGAUGUUAGCCAGAGGGAAGCCAUCACAAUGAAGAACAAGCUGGAUUGGUCCCCUUCAGAGACAGACUUAGAACAAUGUUCCAUGAAAGGCAAGAAAAUGUCGGACUGUCCUAAUUUCAUCCGAGUACUGCAGUUCCUGAAUGCCACCUACAUCUAUGCCUGUGGAACAUUUGCCUUCAGCCCACGCUGCACAUACAUUAACUCGAAAACAUUGACAAUGACGAGCCUGAAGCCUGAGGAAGGAAGAGGUCGCUGUCCGUAUGACCCUUACCAACGCAACACCGCCAUCACUGUUGAUGGAGAGCUGUAUACUGGAACAGUAGCAGACUACAGGGGGAACCGGCCAGUAAUUUCAAGGCACCUCAGUGAGGGCAGCCAUGUUGACCUCAAGCUGGAUGACACAUUGGGAUGGCUUGAGGAUCCAACUUUCAUCAGCUCCAGUUUCAUCCCCAGUGAAGAGAAAAUAUAUUUCUUCUUCAGUGAAGUGGGCAGAGAGUAUGACUUCAUUGACAAAUUUAUUGUGUCUCGCAUUGCUCAGAUCUGCACGACAGAUGUGGGAGGCCAGCGGACCUUGCAGCGGCGGUGGACCACGUUUGCCAAAGCUCAGCUGUUGUGCCAGUCUGACAAUGAGCUGCCCUAUAAUGUCAUCCAGGAUGUAGUCACCCUCCCACCACCAGAGGGAGCCCCAGCAGAUGACACACUCUUUUAUGGCAUCUUUACCUCUCAGUGGUCAGUCAACUCUGGGCAGUCAGCAGUGUGUUCAUUCCGCCUGAGUGACAUCAAAUUGGUUUUCUCUGGCAACUACAAGGUUCUGAACCGGGACACGUUACGGUGGAGCACACGGGUUCAAGAGAAGGUUGCAAAUCCAGGAGAGUGUGGCCUGCACAAUGCCUCAGACAACACUCUUCGCUUUGUCAAAGAAAACUUUCUGGCAGACGACAGUGUCCGGCCAGUGGGAAGAAGCCUGACCAUGGUGUCUCCAGACCAGUAUUACAGCCAUCUGGUUGCUCAGCGGGUCAAGAUAGCUAACAAGAGGGACUAUACAGUCCUUUUUCUACUCACAGAAUCAGGAUACCUCCACAAAGCAGUGCUGCUGGAGAAGGGGGCUCAUAUAAUUGAGGAAGUCCAGGUCUUUGAAAAACCUCAGACUGUUAAGAAUCUACAGCUUUCCAUAUCCAAGAGUAUGGUAUUUGUUGGCACGUCAGAGGGUGUGGUGAGAGUCCCAACAGCCAACUGCUCAUUCUACUGGAACUGUGUCCAAUGUGUUCUGGCCCGAGACCCAUUCUGUGGCUGGGAUCCUACCAGAAGGGCCUGUGUGGAUGCCACUAACACCGAGGCCAGUCUAGGCCAAGAUGUAGACACAGGGAAUGUUGAAGAGGCAUGCAACAGUGGUCCAUUAAUCACCAGGGCCAGAUUCGGGCCAAAUAAAUUGCCCCCAUCAACAUGUCCAGCAGGAGAGUUGGUGUCAGUGUCUCUGAAUGAAGUGGUACGACUGCAGUGUCCAGCAGCAUCGCAGCUGGCCCGUCGUGUCUGGGAGCGUCCCAACAGCCGACUCUCCCCAGACCUCUAUUUAAACCUGGAAGAUGGCAGUUUGAACUUUGUGGCCACCCCAGCCACCCUUGGCCAUUACCUCUGUGUGGCAACUGAGAAUGGCUACCAGCAGACCAUGGCCAUCUACCAGGUCAAACAGAAGGGCAGCCCCACACCCCAAACUGCAGCUUCUGCCAAUCAGCCUCAGACCCACCAAUCCUCUGUUACACAUGCAGCUGCUAGGCCAGGAAUGCCCACCUCUAUGGUUAACUGGCCAAAAAGGACAGAAACAAGGCAAAGAGAGACACAGCCAAAGUUACCCCCCAGUAACACUCGGGUCACCACGGGACUAUUGGGAAGAGACUUCACUAUGUGGGCAGAGGAAUCGGGGAAGAAAGAGGUACAGUUGCGGAAUGGGGAGUCCCUGCUAUUGUCGCGAGGUCCCUGUUACCUGAAGGAGCUGGUGGUGGUGUCUGUGCUGCUGGUGCUCUGCUUCAGUGUGCUCAUCAUGAUGCUACUGUACACCAUCAAGCAGCGCUGCCGCAGCCGAACAGCCCCCCAGGCCAGCACUCCAACGAGAGACUCUAAUAGGGGGACCUCUGUGGAGCGAGAGGCCCUCAGGGGAAGCCAGUCUGUGCGGAAUAAGCGCAACAGGCAAGCAAUGCACAGCGGCCAAGAAAAUGGAGUGGUGUGCAGUGAGGCACCAAAGGGCUCCAAUGGACAUUUACCCAAUACCCCUUUCUGAACAAUUCCAGACACAUGUGAACUGUUAAGAGUGACAACAGACAAUUCAGUGGGAAUUCUUAUGAGCUUUAUUUGUAACAUGAGGGGAAAGUCAAAUGCCCAGACAAAUGAGGACACUUUGCUCUCAAGACAGAAACACUCUGAUUGUUAAUCUCCUUCAUCUCAUUGUCUGAAUGUUUGUAUGUGUAAUUGUUCAAUACAAGAUAUCAGUUACUAGGCUGUAACAUUUUGAGACAGACAAGGCAUUCUAGAGUAGUAUGUGAGUGAGUUUUCACCAGUUUAUCCAAAAAGUGCAUUAACAGAAAUCAUUUUACGCAAAGAAAAAAAUCAGGACAAAUUUCUGUCAUUCUUUCAAAGACUCCAGUUGAGAUUUUGGUUUCACUCAUUGUUCAGGUGGAUGAAAAGGCUUGAAAAGGCUUCUCGUACCUAGGGGCGUGACCAUCACUUGUUUGUAUCGUAUUUAGUGCACUGUUCAGCCAUUGCUCACUGUGUAAAGAGGUUGGAAGCUGAUUAGUCACUCAUAGUAGGGCUCUUUUAAUUUUAGAUAUUUUUUAAAAGCUCUUGCUUUAUUGAAGUGGAUAGAUGAUCAACCAAACCUGGCCAUUUGCAUUUUAAAAUUGUUCAAAAACUUCUGAUGGAUCAACAAAAAUGCCAGAAAUAACUGUAAUUCUAAAAACAAACAGUUCUAAAUGUUGAUUACAGGGGAACCACUUUGAGUUCUAUGUGGUGCCCAUAACUAAAGGUUCUUAACAGCACCAUUUAUGUAAAUAUCAAGAUUGUGACUUAAAUGAUUCAAAAACCUGGUCUGCAAAAUAACAAAACGUUUUACAAAACAUUCAUGAAUCUAGAGUUUUUAUAGAUUCAUCAAAAGUACAAUUACAACUGUACAAUUCACAAUGUAGAAACUGCAAAAUUGCACAAGGAAAACAUACCUAUACGUACAUACUAAUAACUGAGUAAAAUUAUUUAAAAAUGAAUAUACAGACAUGACAUAACACAAAAGUAAUUUUCCCCAUAAGACCCCAUAAGACAAAAAUCACCAAUAAUCCAUGAAUGACUGAGGGUCUGCAGGGUUUUGUUGUAACUGCACCAGGUGAGUCACCACACCUUUGACCAGAGAUGAGGAACUUACCAGUGAAAUCAUCUGGUGCAGCCUUUAGCUGAAACAAGGACCUGCUGCCACAUGAUUACAAUAUCCAAGUCAAAGAAUUAAGAUUAACAUACAACAAAAUUAAUACAAUUAUUAAGUAACAGAUGAAAUUGCUUAUCUUACUGCAAAAAGCUGUGAGCUGUGGGAUCGGAGACACAGUGGCAAACCUGACUGUCAUGCAACACCUGAUGUUAGUCAUGACCUAAGUAAGAGAAACAGAAAAAACACAAACACAUUAGGCCAUAACUAACCGUGCUACUGGGUAACAAUGUACCUACAAUCUCCAAACGUAUGCAGACUGGUGCCAAUAUUAGUUUUUUAGAAAAACAAGUCUGAGCUGCUGCCACUAGUGAGACAACUAAGUUAUAGCCAGCACAGUAGACACGCAAAGUACAUCGCUACAUAAAAAUACAAACUGUAAUUCUCUUGUUUGUCGGUGUUAAGAAAACUUUGUGCUAGUCACUAAAUAACUCCUAAUGUCUCUCAGUGAGGGAAGGUGUAUUACUUUUAAAUUGUAGCACUUUGUUUUAAAUGUAAAGUGCAUUACAAAUAAAAUGUAUUAUUAUUGUUGAUAAUGUCAGGCAAGAUUCUGCUAACCUAGCCUUCCUAUGUGCAAAACAUGCCACAAAUUUACCUCUGCAAAAUAACAAAUAACAUUUUCUCAAGUACAACGAAGUAAAACAAUGUCUUCACUGAGAACCUAAUCCACAGGAGGACACUGAGUAGACCUAAUCUAACGUUAAUCUCCAUUUGUGACCCAGUUGCAUUAGUGAUUCAGCAGCAAAUCCCCACUCACCAGCUAUUUUUGUGGGAGGAACUGACAAAAUAGUCAGAAACCAGCAAAGAACCAUGUGGGGACAUUAAUGGUUCUUGUUAUAUGAUCGUACUGUAUAGCACCAGACGUGUGUGUGUGUGUGUGUGUGUUACACUUCAUAAUUUAUUGUAAUUUUGAUAUAAUUUGAGUUGGUGUGUGGCAUUUUUAAGGCUGAGACCAACAUUUUUAGACUCAGAUCAUCCAUCCUCAAACCACCACACACACACACACACACACACACACACACACAUACACACCUACUGGAUGGAAGAAAAACUAAGAUACAUUACUGCCUUACACUAAGAAUUAAUGCACAUACUUAGUUAUCAGUAAAUCAAGUUAGUAAUGAAGAUGUUUUGUCAGAUUUUCUAGACUUUUUUAUAGCUGAGGUCAGGCACUGUAAUAUUUGAUAAGAGACCAACAUCAUGAACUGUCAUAUUAGGCUAACCCUAUUUGUUAACACUGACAGUAAAAAAGAUGUCUGAAUGCCAGUGGUGACUGAAUCCAUAAAGCUGCUAUGAAAAUUGUGCUGGAUGACAUAUUCUAAGCUCCACUCUUUUUUUUUUUUUCAAUGGACCUUAUACCACUGUAACUUGAAAGCAUCUCUGUUUAUUAAAAUAUGGGGCACAAGCAGCUCAUUUCCUUACAAUAAAUGGACUUGGUCUGAAUUGAAA